ACACUAUAAAAUCCAGGCACUCUUGUAGCUCUUUUCUCUCUCUUUUCCUAUCUUACUGCGCAAGAUAGAGAGCAUAGACACAGAGAGGGACAGAGGGGCGAGAGAAAUCAAUUAACAGCAGAAGGGACAGCAGCAACCAAGCAACCGCAGAAAGAAAUGAAAGAUCUCUCGUUUUGAUCGGUUGAUGGAGAAGAAAGAGACAACAAUGGAGACAGAUAAUUCGAUCGGAGCUACGACAUUUUCCGAUCAGAUUCCAACCACUUUCUCUUUAUCCAGCAUCUUUGACAUGUCCUGUGAAGGUGAAAAAGGCUCUUUAGGCAUCAUGGAUUUAUUGGGCAUCCAAGAUUUCACUCCUUCUAUAUUCGAUUUGCUACAGCAACCGUCGACGCUACUACCACCAUCACCACCACCGCCACUACCACCGACGUCAUCACUUCCGGAGUCGUCUGAGGUGUUGAAUUUGCCAGCAACACCCAACUCUUCUUCGAUUUCAUCAUCAUCGACUGAAGCAGCAAAUGAUGAACAGACCAAAGCAGUGGAAGAGGAGGAGCAGGAGAAGACUAAGAAGCAGCUGAAACCCAAAAAAAAGAACCAGAAACGGCAGAGAGAACCGAGAUUUGCUUUCAUGACAAAGAGCGAGGUCGAUCAUCUGGAAGACGGGUACAGAUGGAGAAAGUAUGGACAAAAAGCUGUGAAAAAUAGCCCUUUUCCAAGGAGCUACUAUCGUUGCACCAGUGCCACAUGCGGUGUGAAGAAGCGAGUGGAGAGAUCAUCAGAUGAUCCUUCCAUUGUCGUGACAACGUACGAAGGCCAGCACACACAUCCAAGCCCAGUAAUGCCUCGUGGAAGCUCCACCGGAAUCUCUUCGGAUUCCGGCAGCUACGGUGCGGCCUUUGCCAUGCCAAUGCAAUUGACGCAGUCUCACUUCCAACAACAGCAACAACAACAACAACCCCAUUUCCACAACUUACCACCUUUGAAUUUUAAUUCUAAUAUUUCUUCGUCUCCUACUUUUGUACAAGAGAGACGAUUUUGCACUUCAGCAGCUUCCUUCCUUAGAGAUCAUGGCCUUCUUCAAGAUGUCGUUCCUUCGGAUAUGAUGAUCAAAAAGGAGUAGAAGAAAUCCCCAUUACUGGUAUGUAGUCAUCUUACUGACUUACAGAGAUCACCCUCAGAGAAGAACCCACGUCGAUCGUCACAUAUAUAUACACAGUCCACUUACCGAUACCUCUCCUUUUUUUCUGUUCUUGUCUAUGUACCAUUUUCUCUCUUGUUUUUGCACCAUCACUGUGUUCUGAUCGGAGUACUAGUUUCCUAAUUGGGUUCUUUGUAUUAUUCUUGUAUUUAUGUAGAGAGAUUAUUCAUAUUUGGAACUCUAGGGUUUUGUGUUCUUCUUUCUUCUUUCCCUUCACUUGUCUCAUAUAUAUCUUUGUUGUUUUGGUUGAUGGAACGUGCAUUAAUUUCAUUUCCAGUGUUGCAGCGAGGGUUUUAGUGUUUUCAUGGGUUAGAGCCUUCUUCUCCAUGGAGCAAGUUGGAUACAACCUUUUCAGCUUUUUCUUUGAGUGGGAACCCUGAUCAGGACCCACUUUUAGGAAAGUGAUGAGACAUCUACAAAAAUGACUUAGAAACUCGAUCAGGUUUCUGAUUCUAGGUGCCUGAGUUAAAGCCUAAAGAUUGGAUGGUUAUUGUGAUUUGUGAAGAACUGGUGAUGAGGUAUCUAGAUAUGUAUAGGGGGAGUUGCAGAAUGGGAGAACAAGAAACUGAUACAAACUCACUUUUGAUCGUGUUGAAUAUUUACUUUAUGGCUCUGAUUUCCUCUUCUGGGAUCUCUUAACUACUCAAUGGGUUUGGAUCCAUUGAAUGAAUAGUUAUGAGAUCAUGGUGGAGGUAUGGACUUGUUAUUUUGUAUUUGAUGGAAUGGAUGGUUUCUGUA